CAGCAAGAGGCCUGUGACUGCGGCGGUUGAGUCUGAAACACAGUGUGAAAAAUAGCUUAGAGGUUCAGAGCUUCAAAUGUCUUUCACAUGUCAAAGGCAUAGAAAUCAUGUUUCUGAACCUGACGAAUGGGAGCUGCCAUCUCCCCCUGGAGACAGACCGAGUUGGUCUCACCUACAUCUACAGCCUGGCUUUCUCUCUGGGCCUCCCAGCCAAUCUGCUGUCCCUUUGGGGACUGUACCAACUGGGCCGCUCGGGUGGCGGUGGCUGCCAGCUGGUUUACAUACUCAAUCUGCUGCUGUCAGAUCUUCUCCAGCUACUGACCUUACCUCUGUGGAUUCUCUACCUACAAGGGGCACACCGCUGGCCCUAUGGCUCCAUUACCUGCCAGUUGGUGGGCUAUGUCUUCUAUGUGAACAUAUAUGCAAGUGUCAUCUUCCUGUGCCUCAUUGCCCUGGACCGAUGUCUUGCCAUCGUGCACCCACUAAGCAGCCGUGGUGUGAGGAAAGUACGCCUGGCUGCAUUCUCUGGCGUGGUGGUCUGGACUCUCAUAUUUCUCUUCUGCCUAAUCGGCCUUUAUCCAUCCGUAUUUGAGCCCCAGAGGGGCUUGUGUCUGGAGCAGUAUCCCGUCAGCCAGAGAUAUGCUUACUUUAAGAUAGCCACGGUGGCCCUGGGUUUUCUGAUGCCAUGCUCUAUACUGGGCUACACAUCUGCCAAAAUCGGGGUAACACUCCACAACUCCCCUUCUGUCUCCGACCACGAGUGCCACAGAAUCGUAGGCACCCUCACGGUGAUCACCAUCAAUUUCAUUGUGGUCUUUGGCCCCUACCACAUGGUGGGCGGUUACAGAUUCAUAGCGCUGCUGCUAACUGAGGACCAGUGUGCGUUGGAACGCUCCGUCUACCUGUGCUACAGGAUCUGCUAUGGGCUAACCAGUCUAAACACCCUGCUAAAUCCCCUCUUCUACAUCUUCCUCUGUCAUGAUGUCCGCCUUGAGCUCUGGAGGUCUCUGCCCUGUCUGAACAGGCACUCUCGUACUCACCCUGGGUUGAGGAUCAUGACCUUUGACCCAAAAGAUCAGCUGAAUAGCAGUGCAAAUGUGUAGUCAUCACAUGCAGAUGCUAAUCUGUGAUGGAUUCCUUUUGGAAUGUGCUACAGAAGCCUGCAGGUUUUUAUGAGAUGACGCUUAAAUGGCUUAUCAGGUAUCUGUGACGAAUUACCUGUCACAGAUCGCAUCGGCCUGUUCACUGGGGCUGCUGGUAUGACAUACACGUAGGCUACAUGCGGUCUAUCAGUCAGUGAGGUAAAUUUCUAAGUGAUGACAAUAUCUUCAGCCAAGCAUUACGACUAGAAAACAGCGGAGACAGCAAGUACUAUAACUGAUCAAAAAUGCUUCUCCCAUACUUUACAUUUUAGCACAGCUGAAUGUUUUGCACUCCAAGUGCUCUUGAAAACAAAAUCUGGCAGCAGAUGUUCCUCAUUUUUUCGGAAUGUCCAGGGCACUCAGAAAAUGCAUUGGUGGAAAAAAAUUUGAGUAUUUUUAAAUGGGGUUGAUUUUCAACUAAGCUACUUCCACUAGCGAAAAUCUAGUGAAAAAAGUGAAGUUAAGUGUGGCCUGUGCAAAAGUUAUGGUAUAUUUUAUAUUUUAUGGGUUUUUUUCCCCAAUAUGUUUAACUCAGCAAAUAAAUAGAAAUUGUGCACUAAAACUUGCUGAAAAUGCCAUAUUUGAGUUUGCUCUCUGUAGAGGAUAUGUUAAAUUAUUUUCACAUAGGCAGUCAACUGUAGUCUGCCUGGGGGUGUUCAAAAUUUUGCAUAUGACUGUAUAACACUGAUCUGCAUCUCAGAUGGAUUCAGUAUCAGUACAGAAACCAGACACAGCUGCUUUUCCUCCUUCUCAAGUAGUCACAAGAUGUUAUUUGAAGGAAGUUUUUCACUUGAGCAAAUUUCCUCUAUAGCAACAAUUCUUCUACUUGAAUGAAGUUUGUUUUGAACUAUUUCCACCAUUGGUUCCCGGUAUAGACCUGUAAUUGGUAUUCUUUUUAGAAUGUGUUUGAGAAUGUUUAGGCACCCUUGUGUCAAGUCCAAGCUCAGUCCAAGCUUUCUGCCUUAAUUUACUGGGCUACAGUUUAAAUCCAGUUCUGGGGUCAAUCAGCAAAACUAAAAAUCUGUAUUCUAUUACUGCACACCUGAUUCAACACGUGAUGGCUUGACACUUGUUAUACUCUGACAGUUAUGUUAGAGCGGGAAAAACCGUGUAGGCGAAUGUGCCCCAGCACUGGAGCUAAAACAUGCUGACCUAAUACACAUCCAAGAGUGACACCUACAGGGUAAGAUAAGUUACUUACAGAGAGUUUUUCCACAGUACAAUGACAUAUUUGCAUUACUAUUUAGUAGUGGUUUACUACAAGGUAAAGGGAAUAUGGUUUAAUUUCAAUCAAUGGCAUGCUUUGAAGAACAAAUCAAGAGAGCUAACUUCUAGGUUGAAAUUCAUUAUUGCUUUCUAAUUUUCUUGUGCUCUGCUAGAUAAUUCUGCAGUGCUUAGACUUUUAAGAGCCAAGCCAGACUAGGGAAACUAAAGAAUGUCAGUUUAUUAACAAGAGUGUAUUGGCUUGAGAUUACCGGUCAAACCAUUUAAAGAUGUGAGAGGAUGUAAGAGAGGCUGAAAAUUUAUUUGUAAUUAAAAAAAAGCAAAGACAUUUUUGUGUGUAAUUGUUUUCAAUUAUUUGGAUUGAAGUAAUGCCAUUUUCCCUUUCAGCUAAGACAUCUGCUGUGUGAAAAAAUACUUUAUAGCUGGCAUCUCCUUUCAAACUUCUCAUGGUAACACAAAGAGCAACACGUGUGCUUACUUAUACAGUCGUAUGCAAAAGCUAAUAGUGGUAGCAGUGACAAGUCAGUAAUGAAAUGGCAAGAUAAUGUUAACAAACUUUAAUUACUUGUCAAUAAAUUGUUAAUUUGGCAGUUGAUACAAAACGUUGAGACAUACUAAACAAUCCAUAAUUUUAGCCCCUUUUUUAUGUUUUUUACAUUUUAUAUUAAAUUCCAAUCCAGUUCUAACAGCAUAAUAUCUGCUUAAUCAAAGUAUUACUACAAUUCUUUCAAAUCCCUAUAGGAUUUUAUAAUAUUAGGGUUAUAGCUGUUACAGUUACUGACAACUAGAAAAUGAGCAAAAUUACCAUUUCAGUAUCUUCUUAUUACUGAUCUGUGAAGUGCUACCAUGUGUUCUCUGUAGAGGAUGUGUAAACUUAUUUUCACUCAGAAAAUCAACAAAAGUCAUUUGACCAGGGACACAUUAUUUAGUGAUCUUUAAUGUUUUAUCUCAUCAACUUCAUUGUUUUUGUUAAUAUACUGCCAUACUGAAAUUGAUACCUGCAACACACUCCACAAAAGUUGGGACAGGGGCAAUUUAAGACUAGAAACAUUGUUAAGUGUUCAGACAACAUUUUAAAAUAGGUAAUAAAGUCAUGCUUGAGUGUAAAAGCAAAAUUCAGAAAAGGCUUUGUGAGCCUUAUGAAUAUCAAAAGAUUUGGAGAACCCCAAAAAAUCUCUGUGUAUAAAGGACAAGGCCAAAAAACACAACUGAAUGCCUGUGACCUUUGAUUCCUCAGAUAGCACUGAAUUAAAAUUAUUUCUGUGAUGGAUUUCACAACAUAGGCUCAGGAAUACUUUGACAAACUGUUCUCAAUAAACAGUGUUCAUCACUUCAUCCACAAAUGCAAGUUAAGACUGUACUAUGCACAGUGGAAGUCAUAUGUCAACAAUGUGCAGAAACACCACCAACUUCUCUGGGCUUGAGCUCAUCUGAAAUAGACCUAUGCACAGUGGAAACAUGUGUUGUGGUCUGAUGAGUCAACAUUUCUGAUUUUUUAUGCAAAUAAUGGAAGUCAUGUUCUCCACGCCAAAGAAGUAAAUGACCAUUCAGAUUGUUACCAGCGCAAAGUUCAAAGGCCAGAGUCUCUCAUGAUAUGCGGUGUAUUAGUCAUUAACCUGCACAUCUGUGAAAGCACAAUUAACCCUGAAAGUGAUAUACAUUUUGGAGCAACAUAUACUGCCUUCUGUAUGAUGCCAUCAUUCUCAGGAACGUCCAUGAUUGAUUUAACAUGACAACAGCAGGAAACAUUCUACAUGUGUUACAAUAGCAUGGCCGUGUAAUCAGAGAGUGUAGGUAGUAGACCUGCCUCCCCGCCUCUUAUUGAAAACGUGUGAUGUAUAAUGAAGUGCAAAAUACAACAAUGAAGUCCCCGCUGAAGACAGAAAAAUUGCCUUCCAAAAUGAAUUAAUUAGUGUCUUCAGUCUCCAUAUUGUUGUUACAUGCUGUUAAGAAAAAGGUAAUGUAACACAGUGGUACACAUGUAUCUGUGCCAACUUUUUUUGGAACAUGUUGCAGACAUUGUAUUUGGAAUGAGUAUAUUUAUGAA